AUGACUGACAUCAACUCCAACGUAUCGCUGCCCUUGUCUGUUGAAUUGAGUCAUAAUAAUAGCGAUACCAUGAAUGCGGACUCGAUACAAAAUGUCGAGUCCAAAUCCCUGAUCCUCGCCACUGACUGUAGCGCAGAUGCACCUGUUGUUGACUCUAGCCAAGCCAACCCAGUUGAAUUAGAUAUGGAUAUAGACGAAUCUCAACCUCGUGCUUUUGUCGAGAGUGGUGCGUACACUGAUCAGGACCAGUUUGGCAAUGCAGACGACCAGGAGAUGCAAGAUGCGGACCGCCAGGACAGGACUGGCCGCAGUGAUGACCACAGCAAAGACGAUGACAAAGAGGCAGCAAAUAUUAUGGACUUGAUGCAUCAUCAGCAGGAAAGUCGCUUUUCACAUGCUGCUGCAUGUGCUAAAGACUUGGAUGACGACACGCUCCAGUCUGCGUUUGGUUCUGAUAUCGACGAUCUGGAGGAAAACAUGGACGAUUUGGGUAAUGACUCGGACUUUCAUACCACUCCUCAGCCUACUGUUCCUCUUGCUGAUGACGACUACAACAUAAAUGAUUCUGAAAACGACGACGAUGUUGCCGAUUCAGAGGACCGUGCUGCUCAGGCCCGAGACGAUGAUUUGGAUGGUGAGAGCGACGACGAUGAGGAAUUCAAAGCAAGCGUAGCUGGCAGGCCUAAUAAAGUCAACCCAACUGGUUAUACUAAUAUUUCAGACGCUUCUCAUCCUACUGGACGAAGUCUUAGACUACAAGGCAAAUCUCCCAUCAAGAAAAUUGACAUGAUUGCAGAAAUUGAAACGGCAAGUGCCGAUUACACAAGAGGCGCAUCCACUUCUGCAGAUGAAGAAGAUCUUAAUGCCGAUAUACUCCCAGGAUUGGGCUUAGAUAAAGAGGAUGCCAAGAAGGCGCGUGAAUUGAUGCAGAUUGCUAGACAAGAUGCUAGAAAGGCACAAGAGCUGACUGAGGAUUCUUUUGAAAAAUUGUAUGAUUUGAAGAUGGAAGAGUUACAGCUUGAAAUCUCAUUGAUUACAAGCGGGAAACAUCCAGAGUGCAUGCAACAGCUGGCUGAAAUUGAAACACGUAAAGAAUUAAGGCUCCGGGAAACCGCUGAUCGAUUGGGAUACAAAAUUAGUAAUUGUGAGGCUGCCUACGAGGCUGCAACCGCAAUACUUGCAAGGUAUUCACACUGUUUUUUAGUUCCUUUUUUUGCCUCCAAAGCCACAACCAUACAUAAUAGGAAACGUCAAAGACAUGCUGACUAUAGUAAUGGAAAUGUACGUGAGGAUUUCGAGGAACGAGUUCCGACAUGGGCAAGAGUUGUUUUACGUAAUCGCAAUAAUAACCAAUCAUCAAAGCCACCUGGAGAAAUCCCUGCACAAGUGUUUCUUCCCAACCCUUGUAUUGGUCUGGAUGAAAACGAAAUUGAACAGGAUGUCUUAGCUAUGAAUAGUGCGAUUAGAGGGUUUCUUGAUGUUGACAACAACCAAGAAUAA